AUGCCUCCCCAGACUCCGGCCGAUAACGAGUCUCACCAGCGACUUCUCGACAGUCUGGACAUUGCGCAUGUUCCGCGCCCCUUCCGCAAUCCACAUUGGAAGCCUUCGCAGCGCCGCAACAAGAACGUCAAGCAACUUCUGUCGGAAAGCUCGCGAAAGGAAGCAUCGCAGAUGGCAACUCAGGCAAACUCUGGUGCAACAACCCCUCUUCCAGUUGUCUCGUCCGUCGGCACCGAUGGAACCCAGACCCCUGCGGAAGGCACCCCACGCACCUCCAACAUUGCCCAAGCUGCGCAAAAUCUCUCCUCCCUUGUGUUAGAGAAGAACGCACGAGCUAUGUUUCCAACUGGACCUACUGUAACAUACACCAACAUUGAGUCAGCACCUUCGCUACACCCGUCGCAGCAAACUCGCUAUUGCGAUAUUACAGGGUUGCCAGCCUCGUACACGGACCCAAAGACAAGACUUAGAUACCACGAUAAGGAGGUCUUUGGGGUUGUUAGGACAUUGGUACAAGGUGUGCCAGAGAGCUAUCUUGAACUCAGGGCUGCCCAUGUUGUGCUCAAAUAA